AUGGAUCUGGUGUCCAAAAUGCUCGAAAACAUCAUGGUGGUCCAGAGCCCCACCUCUGACCAUACAUCAAGCCACGACGCUCCGGCAACAGACAUUGGGGCCAAACGAACUUCAGUAUCAUCUACAGAGCAACUGGAGUCGGCCCCGCCGGCUCAAAUGGUUCAAUCGUCUCAGUACUCCAGCUUUUGGUACUUGGAUGAUGACCCAUUGAAAGCACCCAACCAACUUUCCGAAAAAUUGAUGGAAAGGGUCAUGAGCUUGAUUGUUGGACCUGAAACUGAAGGGUCCCUGGGGUUAGAAGGACGUAUGGAUAUUCAUAAGACUAGGCCUCCAUUCUCUGUUAAUUUAAUGGCAACAAAUAGUACUCAAUUGGGUCAGAAAUCGGGUCCUAUUUUCGAGAUGAUUGAUACUGUGCUAAUGAUCGUGGGUUGGUAUAAUCCAUUCUUCACUGUAGGGUCUGGGAUGCUUAUGACCCACGUCAUUUUGAAUCCAUACUUGGCUUCGGCAAUCCCUACGGCGCUUUUAUUGAAGAAAUUCCUCAUACCCAGUUACUUGAAGCUCUAUCCUCCCGAUUCUUCAUUGGUGGAUGGUCUUAACAUAUUGCACAAUCCAAUUCCUUAUGAUGGCCCACCACUUGACAAGUACGAACCACCUAAGGUGUGCUCACAGUACUCUCGACAGUUCUUGAUGAACUUCGCAGAUUUGCAGAAUUUCCAAGUGGGCUACAUUCACUUAUAUGAUGCUCUUGUUGACUGGGGGCAACACUAUUUCCUAUUCGAGGACCAGAAGUUAACUACUGCGGUGUAUUUAGCUCUACUAGCGAUUUCUGCUGGAAACUUGAUUUCGUUGCCAUACAUUGUUCCUUUGAUAGUCCGCUACUUCCCGGUGAAGCUCUGUUUCGUCAUUCUGUUAUGGCUUGCGAUUGCCCUUUGUCAUCCUAAGAUUGCCGAUAGAAUCCUAGACCAUGUUCAAUCAGAAGAUGCUCGAUUGGCCAGACUCGACCGGGUGGUCAAGUUUGAAAACCAAUUGAUGAAGGUUCUUGCCAACGACGAUGAUCUUGAAGAUGAAUUAAGAGAAGUGGAAAUCUUUGAGUUGCAUAGGCUCGACAAGAAUAAUAUGUGGAAGCCAGUAGGGUUCAGCACCACAUUCUAUGCACUUAGCCAUCCUAGCCGCGUGCUUUCCAUUGGAGAAGACGAGCUGAAAGAUGAUGAUACUAAAGAGCACGAGAAGACCUUCCUUGAUGAGGAAAAUGAAGAUGAAGAUAAUGAUGUUAAUGAAGUGUCCGUAUCCCACAUUGAGGAAUUGGACCCAGACGCACAUUUUUCUCGCAAGGCCACAUUGGCAGGCAUUAAGCCACCUAGAAAUUGGGUCUUUACCAAUUCUCCUUGGGCCAUUGACUUGGAACCCACUGAGUGGGUAAAGGAUAAUUGUAUCAUGGACUUGGUGAGUGUGGACGAUGAAGAAAAGUGGGUGUAUGAUUUUGUUGACGGCACGGAGUCACCAGAUGGAAAUAUCUAUCGUCGCCGGAGAUGGGUCCGUAAUUGCAAGCGGGAGAACAUUGCAGCCAAACGGAAACAGGAAACCAGAGCGUCAUCCAUUAGUGGAUCACAGUCGACUGAGUGGUUGAGUAAGACAUUGAACAACCUUUCGCUGACAACGUCGUAA